AUCUAUCGUCUGGCUUGCACGCGAGCAAUAACAACCGAGUUUUAUUACAAAUCUAUUCAAGUAGCAAUGUGUCCAAGUGGUUCACCCAGCAGCAACGGCUCCCAAGAAGGAGAUGCCAGUGAGGCUGAGCAGCCCGUCGCUGCACAACCGGAGCAGACAUUGAGAACAGCUGUUGUGGCAUUCACACCCGAAGAAAUACUCAGUGACUAUGGUGAAAAUCUGAAGCUACUUACACUCAACUCACAAGUGGCUGAAUUAUUAACCAUUAUACGAGACAAAACAACUACGCGUAGUGAUUUUAAAUUCUACGCAGACCGGCUCAUACGGCUGGUGAUCGAAGAAUCUCUCAAUCAGUUGCCCUACACUGAUUGUGACGUAGUUACACCCACUGGCGCUACGUAUAAUGGACUCAAAUAUCGCUCCGGCAAUUGUGGUGUGUCCAUCAUACGUUCCGGUGAGGCCAUGGAGCAGGGCUUGCGUGAUUGCUGCCGCUCCAUACGCAUAGGCAAGAUCUUGGUGGAAUCUGAUGCCAAUACGCACGAGGCUCGAGUAGUCUACGCACGUUUCCCCGAUGACAUUGGCAGUCGCCAGGUGCUGCUCAUGUAUCCCAUCAUGUCCACGGGCAAUACAGUUCUACAGGCCGUGAAUGUGCUGCGGGAUCACGGCGUCCCGGAAAAUUGCAUCAUAUUAUCCAAUCUCUUUUGCACGCCCGUCGCCGCGCGCACAGUUGUGAAUGCGUUUCCCAAGAUGAAGAUUCUUACCUCGGAGCUGCACCCAGUGGCCCCCAAUCACUUUGGGCAGAAAUACUUUGGUACAGACUAGUUAGCGACAACCGCCCAAAAGAGCAGCCACAAGACUUGACGAAUAAGCUACCGCUUAGGAUAGAAUACAUCCAAUCCCGUCUAGACCAACUAACCUAACCUUAAGCGAAUUGUUUGCUUCUUAUUAAAAUGAAUGUUAUUUUUCUCUCCCCAUGUUUUUAGAUAUCCUUUAAAGCGGAGCCUGCGCCCAAAUGCUAUUGCAAUUAUGAUAAGCCUUAUUCAAAUUUUAUUAAUUUAUAUAUGUAAAUAUGAAAUGG